ACUCUUCAAUUGUUUUCCCGCCAUAUGUCAAAGUGAAACCGGAAGAAGAGCUCCUGUAAAUCAAAAUGCGAGUCCAAUUCUUCCUAAGCGUUAUAGUGUUGGUAUGUGGGUCAGAGGCCAAGGGUGCGUUACGAGGAAUGUUCCCAGACAAACACCCACCCAUGUUACAGAAUGGUGUAGACCCAGGACAGCCUGUGUUUCUUACCCCAUAUGUGGAGAAAGGCCAGUUUGACCAGGCUCAGAAGGCCAGUAAAGUCGGCCCAAUCCCUGGUGUGACACAAGACAGUUAUGCAGGAUUCUUCACUGUUAACAAGACCACAAACAGCAACAUGUACUUCUGGUUCUUUCCUGCUCAGACAUCCCCAUCCAACGGCUCAGCUCCAGUGCUUCUAUGGCUUCAGGGGGGUCCUGGUGGAAGCUCUCUGUUUGGACUCUUUGUUGAGAAUGGGCCCUACCUCAUUAACAAGGAUAUUAAAUUUGUGAAGAAAGACAUCACGUGGAACAGCAAAUAUUCCAUGCUGUACAUCGACAAUCCAGUCGGGACGGGCUUCAGUUUCACGGACAAAGACGAGGGAUAUGCUACUAACGAGGAAGAUGUCGGCAGGGACCUGUACAGUUGCCUGGUCCAGUUUUUCCAGGUGUUUUAUCAGCUCCAGCAGAGUCCAUUCUAUGUAACAGGGGAGUCAUAUGCGGGCAAGUAUGUUCCAGCCAUAAGCUACAAGAUCCAUAUGGAAAACCAAAACCCCUUCAAGAAAUUAAAUAUCAACCUACAAGGUCUGGCUAUAGGGGAUGGACUCUGUGAUCCAGAAACUAUGAUGCCGCAGUAUGCCGACUUCAUGUUCCAAAUUGGUAUGUUGGACGAAACCCAAAGGGACUACUUUCAGAAGUAUGCCAUGCAAGCCACCACGUACAUACAGAAUAAACAGUUUGGGAAGGCUUUCGAGAUAUUUGACAUGUUACUCAAUGGUGACCUCUACCCCUACAAGCCCUACUUCUACAAUGUCACCAACACAAAUAAUUACUACAAUUUCUUACUAACAGAGCCGCCAGCAGACUUUGACUACUAUGCCACCGCGCUGGCUGAUCCCAUGAUCAGAAGGGCGAUCCAUGUGGGGAAUCUGACCUAUCACAGCGGAGAGCAGGUAGAGAAACACAUCAUAAACGACAUUAUGGACACUGUGAAACCAUGGGUGGCCGUGCUUAUGGAUAACUAUAAGGUAAUGAUGUACACUGGUCAGUUGGACAUUAUUGUGGCCAUUCCUCUGACUGAGGCAUUCCUUCAGACAGUCCAGUGGUCAGGGCUUGACCGUUACAAGUCAGCUGACCGUAUGAUAUGGAGAAUCAAUGACAGCGACAAGGAGGUGGCCGGAUAUGUCCGACAAGUAGACAACUUCUACCAGGUCAUAGUGAGAGGUGGCGGCCAUAUUUUACCCUACGAUCAGCCGGCAAGGAGCUUUGACAUGAUUACCAGAUUUAUAUCCAACACAGGCUUCUGAUUAUUUAUUUAUAUCUGAUAGUUUUGUUUAACUUCCUUGUGUUUUGAAUAAUACAACAUCUUUACAUUGUUUGAAAUAUUUUGAUACUUAAACUUUAUAAAUUAUCACAUAUAUUUUACUGAUUUAGAUACUGUCUUUUCAUGGGCAUAUACAGCAUAUUCAUUUUUAAAUAUUUAAAUUUAUACUGCUGUAAGAAAAUAAUUUUCAUCCCUUAAAGCUGCAAUCUCACAGAUUGAUAGUUUUGGCUUUUUUUUAAUUUUUUGUUUCAGAAUCAGCUAAUUUUGGUAUCCAUGCCUUCAAUUCAAUCCUAUAAGAUAGCUCACAAUAGAACAGCUCUAAAUUUUUUGGAAAACUGCCAAAUUUUUAAUUUUUCUUUAAGUAUUAGGAAUGCUUUUAGCUAUAAAACAUAAAUUUACAAAAAUAAAUACGAACAACUGCAAUCUGAUCUUUUAACAGCAGUAAUUAAUAUACUCUUAUAUAUGUUCUUAUAUCACUGGUUUCCCAACAUCUUUGGCUCAUUCAAAGACAAAAAAUUGUCAAAGUGGUCUAGUCUGUGAGAGUGUAGCUUUAACCUACGUGAUUCUUUGCAUAAGGCAAAAUGUGAUUCUUGACUUUAUUGCUAUUUUGAUUGUUCAAUAUUGAAGUUUUAUCAGUUAAUUGAUAAAACAUUGUUUGGAAGAAGUUAUCGAUAUUAAAAUACUCAAUCUUAA